AUGAAUCGAUUUGGAGAUAGAAUAUCUUGCUUGGUGCUGACAAUACUAUGUCAAUUUGUCAUUGGAACUGCUUUCCUGACACCAACCUCCUGCAGAGCUGUGGCUAGCAGUCCCAGUCGACAAGACAUGAAGAAUGUUCCAACACCAUUGGCAUCGUCGUCAUCGUCGUCAUCGUCGUCGUCGUGCUCUGAUUUCACUCCCGAUGUGGAUAAAAAUACCGUCUAUGUUCGAGGUCUGAUGGAAAAUCUUUCCACACUAUGCGACAAGUACAUUGUGACUGGAUCAGAGCCAACAAGAAAGAGAUUGUUGAACGUAUUGGAUCGGAUAUAUGCCGAGAGCUUUGAUCGCGAUUUGGUGCUACAGUCGGUCCGCAUGGCCAAGCGAGCGGCAGUUCCCUUCAACGACGAAAAGUACCUUCGGGAGAGAAAUACACGCAGCAACGAAUACAUCAUGGAACAAAAGUCAUGGAAAAAGACAGACAAAGAAUUGGGACGAAACGAUGCUGAGGAACGCCGCCAGGAAGCAGCUAGUCGCAAAGAAUGGGAAUCCCAGCGAACUUCUCAAGUUGGGGAUAGUGUUGCGGACAAUCUGCAAGGGAGGUCUGCCUUGUCACGACGAGAUAAUGGAUCACAAAAACCGGACCUGUUCAUGUCCAAUGUGAUGAACCCAACCCCUGAAACCAUCAAUACCAUGGCCCAGGAAAAGAAGGAACUUCACGACGAAAUGGAAGGCACGAAUGGUUCAUCGGAGCCACAAGAGGGUCAAUCGCUUUCGGUGGAACCGGCAGUCUACGAAAGCGCCGCCAAUCGGGUUUCCGAGUUGAUUGCCAAAGCAGGAGGUGGAUCGCAAUUUGAAGGAGAAACCUUGGGCAUUGGUGGUCUAGACGAUGUAUUGGCCCAAGUCAAGCGCCGUGUUUGGAUACCAUUGGCCGCACCACCAAGUUUGUUGCAAGAUUUGGGAAUUCACCCCGUCCGAGGUCUCUUGUUGUAUGGUCGACCAGGCUGUGGCAAAACGCUCUUGGCACGGACCCUUGGUAACAUUUUAAGUCCCAUGCGCCCCAUUACGGUGGUCAGUGGUCCUGAAAUUUUGGACAAGUUUGUUGGAUCCAGUGAAAAGAACCUGCGAGAGAUUUUUGACAAUCCUCCCGAUAUUUACGACAACUAUCGAAUUGGUGAAGCUGACGGUGGUCAAGCAAUUUCCUCGGCUGCACUUCACGUUGUGGUUAUGGAUGAAUUCGAUGCCGUAGCGCGUACGCGAGGUGGAAAAGGAGGAAAGGGGGACCAGGGAGAUGCUGGUGUGGCCCGAGAUAGUGUGGUGAAUCAAUUGUUGGCAAAGAUGGAUGGUGUACACCCUCUGCCAGUACCAACUCUAGUGAUUGGAUUGACAAACAAGCGAAGUCUAGUGGAUACUGCUCUGUUACGUCCUGGAAGGUUUGAGGUUCAAGUGGAAGUCCCACCUCCCAAGACUGUGGAGGCACGUGUGAGUAUUUUGAAAGUUCACACACAGAACAUGAACAGAGCCGGACGUCUUCUAGUUCGCGACCCACCAAAGGGCACAGCAGCCGAAAAGUACUAUCAUGAGCACACGUCUUCGUACAUUCUUUCCUACGACGAACUAUUGGAAGAUAUCGCACAACAAUGUGAGGGUUAUUCGGGUGCGGCUUUAGCUGGUGUGACCCGAGCUGCCGCAUCACAUGCCCUGGAGCGUGCUGUUGGAGAGAUUUCAUUGAACGGGGACUCUUCCGCUGGCAACAGCAUGAUGGACUGCCUUGUCACGCCAGCCGAUUUCAAAGAAGCAGUUGCUGAUGUGAAAACAAGCAUGGGAACCUCCGACUUUUCCGAGGAGAGUGAAGAACAGGGCGAAGAAGAGAAACCAAAUGGCGAGGAGAAGACAGAGUAA